ACGAGGCUGCAUAAACAUACCAUCACAAGAACAUUCCCGCCGGAAGAAGAUUUUUGGACUAGGAAAUCUGUGGUCGUGUAACAUCAAUCGCAUGGAAAACAACAUUUGUAAGCUUAAUUUGAAUGUCAUCUUUCUGAAAACCCCAGGACCAUAAAUCUAAAGCUGUCAGUCAGAAAGAAUUUCGCAUUUUAGAAGUGGGAUGUACAUGACAUCUUCGAGAACUCAUCAUGGCCUCCCCCGCCAACUCAACUUCGCUGCCUGAUUCGGAUUAUGGGGCUGCUACUGGCGACCCUGGCAGUUUGGGGGAGGAGGAUGGCGAUUUCCAGGGCCCUCACAAUUGGAGGCAACGUCUGAAACCCGUUAAAAGUAGAAGUAAAGAUGGAGAAGACGAGGCGACUGAAGAGGAUCUCAACCCCACCAGCCCUUCAGAGAGUAUUUUGAAAGAUGAGAAAAAGCCACCCAUCCUGGCCAAGGAAGAACGACUGGAUGAUGGGCGGAUCAGAGAGCGACUCAAGUCCAUGCCGGCCUGGAAGAAAGAUCUGCUGGAAAAGAAGAAAACAAGACCUUCGUACACGCGACACAGCAACGGAUCAGCAGCAUCUGUGGCUCCAUCACAGAUUCCCCUAAGCAUAUCAAGUGGAUUAAAGAGAAGAAACACGAACCCCGGAGCAGAGUCUGCCUUCACGCAGCAAGUUGUCAACUCACAGCCGAUUCUCUCUGGGGUUCCUCGCAAGAAAGUCUCACCUUCCAAUUCCUUUCGUCAACCCACACCGGGUCAACCAGUCUCAGGUCGGCGUAACCUAUCCAACCCUCUAAUCGACCCAGCCCCCAAUAGUGAGCUGUCCAAGAAACGUAUCGAGCGGGUGCAGCGCGUUCGGCUCUACCUGCUCCAACAAAUGGGCCCAAAUUCCUUCCUCAUCGGCGGGGACUCACCAGACCACAAGUUCCGUGUUAUUAUCGGACCGCAGACCUGCAGCUGUGGACGUCACCCCCACUGUGUCCACGUGCUGUUCGUCAUGCUGAGGGUGUUCCAAGUCCGACACAACGACAACUGCCUCUGGAGCAAGACACUUAAAAACUAUGAAGUGGAAAAUUUAUUUCGAAUCUACCAUGACCGACGGUCAUCCCGUAUACACAGUCGUCGACUGGAAAAAGAGAGAAAGAAAGAAACAGCGCAACAACAAGAAGACACUGUCAACAAUUCAGCUGAAAACACCAGUCUGCCCUCAGAGAGUGACACGGGCAGUAUGCGGGAAGAGGAGGACACAUGCCCCAUCUGUCUCCUCGAAAUGCUGGAGGGAGAGAGUCUACUGAAGUGUGAGAACGGCUGUCACAACCGUCUCCACCAUCACUGUAUAGCCAUAUGGUUCGAGGAGUGUAGGAGACAGAAUGAACCUCUCAUCUGCCCCCUGUGCCGAGCCCAGUGGAAGACAAUGACAGUCGAAAUAAAGAACACUCCAGCAGACUCUGACCCCCCUGAUGCACCCCCCAACACCCGUGCCCCUUCCCCCCAGGCUGUACAGGAGAGUGAACUGCGCCUCCCCCAUGCUGAACCCAUUCCUAGAGACAACCUACCCACAGCAGAGCCUUGGAUACAGGUUCUUGGAGAAGAUCUUGUCUCAUGCUUGUUUUCUCGGAACUGGUCUAUUCGAGAGACUGGUCUGAAGCAUCUAAGCAAGGAAGUCAUCGCAACACUACUUCGUGGGAUGGGUGAGGGACGUUCAGGCGUGCUUAUCUCCCCUGACCGCCAGGCCACGACCCAGCAGAUGCUGGACACCUGCUCCAAGGUUCUGGCCUUCAUGUGUGGGGAUCCCGUCUACAGAGUCUUUGUGGCCAGCUUGAGAGCUAUGCGCACCAUGUUAUCAUACACGCCAUGCCGAGACAAACAACAACAGCAGCGUUUACAAAAUCUCCUGCGGCCAAUUGUAGAUGCCAUUGUCAUCAAGUGUACAGAUGGAACCAAACGAACGAGUCAGCUGUCUGUGUCCACGCUGGUGGAGCUGGCCAAGGGUCAGUGCGGGGAGUUGGCUGUAGGCAGAGAAAUCCUGAACCCAGGUCCCAAAGGCCUGGAUGGUCUCAACUAUGUGCUCAAGUGUGUAACAGAAGAAUACAGCGUGGACAGCGUGCAAUGGCAAUGGCUGCUAGGGAGACUCUACAUCAUCGAGAGACUCCUGGAGGAGUUCCCUCAAGACUUCCUCCCAAGAGAGAUAGAGGGCGCUUCGGAUGCCAGUCCCGACACCAGCGUCCCUGAUGAGGCGGGGGCAUCAGCUGCUGAAGGUGUGCGACAGACUGACACUUCGCUCAGACUCCUCUCUGUUGCCAGGUUCUCUGUGAAGGCUGUUUGUAAUGCUCAUGUUCGUAUUUCUCGUAUGGCCCGCAGGGUGUUCCUGUUGACGGCUAAACUCGGUGCUCAUCUUCACUCCAUUGUUACUGAGCUGGAGGAUCUCCUCUCAGACAUCGACUCAACUUCUGUGAUAUCCGUGAAACGAAAAUUAGCAAGAAUAAUCAACGAUUUUCAAUUGUCUGAAAAGAUUGUACAAGAAUUGCAACAUGGCUCAAAGAAACAUUUCCAUGCGGAUGUUGAUUCCCCCCUUGGUUCCCCCAACGAAUCUCCCGUCUCCACCCCCAGGUGCCCCUCCCCUGCCACGUAUUGCUCUGAAAGCCAGAGUGAGACCGGUGCCAAAUCAGUCCCCUCAUGUCCGCCCAACACACCCACCCACAACCGCUCAAGGAGAAAGAAAAGAUCCAUACCCCGCCGAAUUACUAGAGACUCGGUACUAUUGGCUAAAUCACAGCAUGCAAAGCUUCAGGAUGAAGGUGAAGAUUCCCAUGAUGCUCAAACAACUAACAAUGCAGCAAAGUCGGAUGCAGUUCCUCUAAUCUGUGUUACAUCAUCCACAAGUAACCAGAAACCUGUAGAACCACAAAAGCCAGAAGCAGACGACAGUCUCCUUGCACAGAAAGACUCAUUAAGCAACACUGUGGCUGACUUCGAUGAGCACAUCUCACUAUGUGAUGAGGAAGGAGCUACCCACAACUCUUGCAUUCACCGUUCGGUCCCAGGGUGUUGUAGCACAUCCCCUGGGGAGGAGGAAGCCAUUCCAGUGGGGUCAGCAGCAGCUCCCAACACCCCUGAGCAUGCUCCCCACUUCCACACUGCCGAUCAGGAAACAAUGAGUAGUGAUGACCUCCUGGACAUCAACGGAACAUCAUCUCCAGACACGCCCAGUGAGAUGCCAGUGUCGUUCAAGUCAGAAGUCGCCGAAUCUCCCAAGACCUCACCUAGCCAUACUGCUGAUCAAGCACUGAGGCACACACAUACCCACCAUGAUGACAAGUGUUCAUGCAAGGAGGAGGUGGAGAGGGAGGAGGCGGAGGCACUGGCUCGCGCUAUGGCCGUGUCGGAGAGGCAGGAUCCAUGCCCUGUAGUCCCAGGGCUCACACCCACAGCUAGAGAGGAGGUCCUCACAAUACGGAUACAACCAGAGGAUGGGAGCAGUACCAGCACGGAGUCCGAUCAGCCGUCUAUCUACUACGAGAACAUUCACUGGGUGAAGGGGCCACUGCUAGGGACGGGAGCCUACAGCACCUGCUACCAGGCGCGCGAUGUACGCACAGGGGUGCUCAUGGCAGUCAAACAGAUUUCGUUCUGCCGGAACAGCCCGAUGGAACAGGAGAAGGUGAUUCAGGCAAUAGCGGAGGAGGUGCAGAUGAUGGCCAGGUUGGCCCACCCCAACGUUGUCCGCAUCUUCGGCGCCACCAAACAGGGAUGCCACUUCAACAUGUUCGUGGAGUGGAUGCCAGGCGGAUCUCUGACCUAUCUCCUCGGUAGAUACGGGUCUUUCUCAGACGAGGUGAUAGCAAACUACACCAGGCAGAUCCUUCAGGGUCUCGCUUAUCUCCAUGACAAUGGCAUUCUUCAUCGUGAUCUCAAAGGAGCUAACUUGCUGGUGGACAGUACAGGGCAGCGGUUGAGGAUAGGAGACUUCGGAGCAGCAGCACGGUUAGCAUCUCAAGCUACGGGUGCAGGAGAGUUUCAGGGUCAGUUGCUCGGCACGAUCGCCUUCAUGGCACCAGAGGUGUUGCGAGGCGAGAACUAUGGCCGUGCCUGUGAUGUGUGGAGCGUUGGCUGUUGCAUGAUCGAAAUGGCCACCACCAAACCUCCCUGGAACGCUCCUGAUGUAUCAAAUCAUCUAGCUCUUAUAUUCAAGAUUGCAUCAUCUGUUGAAUCUCCUCCAAUUCCCGAGAACUUGUCCCCAGCAGUGAGAGACCUGAUGCUGCGAUGUCUGGAGCAGAGCUCUGAGUUCCGCCCCAACGCCAGGGAGCUGCUGAUGCACCCUCUCUUCACCCAGUACAAGAAGUCCUGACUGCCUUCUGUGCCAAGUCUAAUGACGGCCUCCAUUAUGAUGCCUAUAUUCAUGUCUACAUGACAUUCUCGUGCCAUAACUUGUUACAGUGUCUUGUGAUGUUGUCCCCUGAUAACUAUCAGGAGUGUCAUUGUCAGAUCGUCAUGUCAUGUCAGUGACUUAUCACAAGGUCAUGCUGUACUGAGCGAUGGUGUAUUCAUGACAUGGUCAUGCAAUGUUUGCUGCAUGACGCUGUCAUGAGAAGUGUCAGUGUCUGCAUGACACGCUGACCUCUUGUUCAGGGAUUGACGACUUUCUACUGUUGCAGGGCAUUCAAUGAGAUAACUUUGUAUAUUUGAGGGGGAUAAAUACCAAAUUUCAUGACUAAGAUCCAUAAUUAGGACAUACUUAUGAGUGAUGAUACUUUGACUGUGAUGCAGGUAGCUUCAGCAUUGUAUAUGAAUGCAACCAGCAGCCUCCAACACUGGUAAUACUACACAAUGAAUUUCGUACAUCACCAUCUACAAUGCUGCAGCAAGAGAAUUGAUGGACUGGUUUUGGUCUGUGUAUUAGGUCACAGUCAAAGUGUCACAAGCUCUGAUAGUAAGCCUGGUUAGGGUCUUACAUCAUCUGAUCUGUGAUGGCGUAAAUGUAAAACCACUGCCGGACAGUGGUCAUCUGUAUAUGGAGAAUUUAUCAUGGAUAUAAAUUUAUAAAGCGGUGUACAUGAUGCAACUUAGUGCACCCACAGGCUGGGCUGCACCGCAUGUACAUUGGAGACAAGCACCUGCUGUCGUUGAGACAACACAGGGCUGUUCACACACAUCUGCACCCACAGGCUGGGAUGCACAGUGUGACGUUAAGGACAUGCGCCUGUUGUCACAGGGACAAAACAGGGCUGUUCACACAUAUUAUCAUGAUCAUUGAUCAGCAACCCAAAACGGGUACGUUAACCAAGAAAUGGCAUAAUGCUUUGCCACGACCGAAAGGUUCUUGAUGCAGCAUGUUCCGACAGCUAAGAACUGUCAUGGGACGUCUUAACAAGAACUUUUGCACCUAUGCCGCUAAGUAAGUUAUUUAACUGACUUUCAAGCUGCAAAAGUGAAUUUCGAUUGGGAGAAGAUAUCUUCUCCUGCGACUUUUAUCCAGGCCUCCUAAGGGAAAGCUACGGAUCACUCACCAUAUUGCUGACUGUAUUACUGAAGCCUUUAUGAAGUUGCUACAGACUACAUACCUAAACACUUGAAACAAGUGCCAAACCUGUGUGUGGGAUAUGUCCAGUGUGAUAGAUUACGUGGUCAGUUCGGGGACAAGUCAAUAAUGAAGUAACAAAGCAUUAUGUGUCUACUGUUCCACCUCAUACCAUUGGUGUUUCUAGCUUUACAAGCAGAGAACAUUUGUCUCUUAUACAAAAGCUGAGAACUUUAAUCUUACCUAAGAAUAUGUGUUUAUCUGACAGCAUUGAUGUCUGUAGCUAAACAUCACUGGGAAGUAUCAAUGAAAUAAACCAGUAUAUAAACAUUGACACUAGUAUUUGCCAACGGUUGUAGCACAUUAAUCUGUAGAAAUGACUAUUAGUAUAUUUCAUAGAUUUUAAAAGUGUUGCAGUAUUUUAAGAUGCAAAAAAUACAUAUCUCAUGUUUAUAAAUGAAUUAUCUAUUACGAAGAUUAUUAUGAAAUCUAACAAACUUUUAAUAUAUAUUUUAUGGAGAUAAGUAUGUAUAUUUAUAUAUCUAUAUUUACUAUAGUAUAGUAUAGGCUGGAACAUCAAUGUAGCUAGUCACAAUAGUUUUAUAGCUCCUGAACAGUCUCAGUGCCUACCAUUACUGAAGGCACGAUUGAAUCUGUGCCUUGAACAACUAUUUUUUAUAUCUUUAUACAAUGGCGCCUAAAUGCAGACUCUCCCAUAGGAGUAUCAUGAAUGCAAAUUGCAAGUGAUUGUCGCAUAAUUUCCCAAUUGUGUGUUCAAAUUCACCUUGUAUUUUACCAGUAGUGUUCAAGUAAGACAGCUUACCAAAGUUUUGUGGUGGGUUUGGUAAUCUUUGGAAACAUUCAGUCUGCAUUUAUGGAAUAUUUUCUCAAAGACUGCAACAUUUUGUGGUAAGCCUGCAUGGGUCGUUGUCUUAAUAAUGCAUAAUGACCGUUUACCUAUGUUGUACUUUACACCCGAUCUGUUCAAUUGUUCACAAUGGUUUUUUCCUGAAAUGGUUACUCUGGAUGUCUGUCUCUCCUCUGCUGCCUUGUGCACUUAUGAUAGCAGUGUAUAUAAAUCACAUCAUUUCUCUCCACUAGCAGGUGCUCUCAAUACUUACUAUGCAGGGCUGGCCUUACAACCUUCUACAGGACAAGUCACUAGAAGUGAGAGAUGUACAUUUGUCCUGGCCUGAAGGAGGGUGAAAGGGCAGACUCACUUACUAUUCCAUCUAGAAAUGAUUCCAUGUAUGUAUCAGGGGUUUUAUACUAUAGCGAGGCAGCAGUGCCAGGGGGCUAAGUGUUUCCUUUGGGAGUAACGUCUGUGUGCAUGUGUGAGAGCAUGUGAGAAGAGGUGUGUACGUGUUCUAUGUAGUGAUGUCUUCAUUGUGUACUUGUACUAGGUGGCUGCUGGUACAAUGGUCAAGAUGGUCGGUAAAUAUCAUAAUUAACUUGAAGUCUUAUCGUAACUAGUCUUACCGUAACUUCAACUUUGUUUACAACUGAUCAAUGAAACAUUUGUUCUUUCUGUUCAGUAAUGAGAAGAAAGUAGGGCUAGAAUGCACUUUACCGGGCGCAGCCCUCGCUGCUUACUGCGGGGCAAUUAUCACGCUAUAGCCCUACCACACUGUCUCGCUAUAUCACGGUAAUUGCUCCGUCUCCCUUCACUUGCAUCUUUAGAGUCAAACAACCCUUUACGAUCCUUAAGUUUAGGGUUAGGGUAUGGCACCCUUCACGAUCCUUAGGGUUAAAGGUAAAUCCAGAGGGGGGAAACUCCUCCUUCCUUUCAAUAAAAUCAACAGCAACAUUGGCCAAGUCAAGUUGUUUUGACUUGUGAAUCAUGUGCAAUCAAUCCCGUUUUUGUUUUCAAAAUUAGUUUUCCAAAUCUGCUACCCAUAUAUUCUAGGUCAUCAAAUUUGGAAGUUGUUAGUGGAUAGCCAUUGCUGUCAUGUUUUUGGAUUUAAUUUGUAAUGUUUCUGUAUUGUUGAAAGAAGCUGGCUAUAAUUAAUCACCAGGUGUUCUUAGAAAGAUUAUAGACAUUCUAUAUAUGCUGAUAGUUUAUCCUAUACCUGUCUAAAACAUCAACAUGUAUUCCAUGUUUUACUGACGGAAUUCUGAUUCUUCAAAAUGCAUAUCCAACUGUUUCUAUAGGUCAGUUCCUGUUGACCGGCAGCCAUCAGGUCUGUGACUGUAACUGCCUUUCUAAAAGGUGUCAAUGUGUGUGUGCUUGUGCCUUUUUAGCUAAAGACAAUGUGAUGUAGUUUUCUCACUUUUAUACCAAGGCAAUCAGAAUCAAGGUGCCCCUUGUCAGGUGAUGUCAGGAUUUCAAUGUGGCCAGUAGAGUACACACUAUGGGUGUUAUAUGUUCAGAUGUGAUAUAUAUAAUAUCUCCCUAGGAACGUUGUGCUCCUAUAUGAUUCUUUAACUGAUCAUUGGUCUUAAAAUCCUGACAUUUCCAUGACAUGGGAUGAAGACCUUACAAGAUUUGUACUUAAUGAAGACCAUCUAAACAUUUAUGGUCAACCAUUUGAUAUGGCCUUUGUAACCGCGGCGAUUAAUGUGACAUGGUAUCAUUGUGUUUGUCACAGUAAAUUGAUUGCCAAGUACCAAACAAUUUCAACCACAGAACAUAUAUCAGGGCGCCAAAAAGUGGAAAUAUCAAGCUAUUUCUGCUCUUGACAAGAUGUUGGUUGACCCAGGUGUCAGGUCAAGGUCACAAUCUAGCUCUCUGAAUGAGGUCAGUGGGGCUUAUCUGGCCAUUGAUAAGAUGAAUGACGAAACAUAUUUGCCGAGAGUUGCUUACUUGUGUGAACAUUAACACAAUGGGACUCCAUGAUCAGAGGUGACCUUUUGACCUUGAUGAUCUCCACAAGUGUGUCGUGUGAGAAACUAUAUAUCUCAAAAGUGCUACAAUCAUAUCAGAGGAUUUUUUUUUUUACUGUGUUGAAUGUAGUUUGGCUGCAAGUUUUUAUUUUCGGUUUUUAGAUGGUUGUGAUUGUUAAAGUCUGAGUUUUAUAUAGUGGCAGUUUUGAUUUAUUUUGACUGAAAUUCAUAUCAGUAAUUUGCUAUCACAUUUGAACAUGCCUUUGCCUUUAUGAUGAAAUUUUACAACUUCAUAAUUGAUGUCAGCAAUAAAAGCAUCAAACAGAA